UUUUGGUCGAUAUAAAUGUAAUUUCGGAAAACAUUUCUAUCCAACCCUGUCUGGUUUACAUGGAAUAAUACUACGCUUUUGAUACGAUCCUCUUUUGCUAAUGAAUCCACAUAGACAUUUUAGUUCUUAAGAAUAUAUGUCUUAAGCUCAAACUCCCAAAAAUAUCAUGCAAAAGGCGAAACGAAGUUAUCAUUGAAAUGAAGACCGGCCAUUCGACCGAGUUUAUAGUCAUAUCCAUCAAAUCUAAGUAAUCAGUCUCGAUUCGGAUAGAGGGAAUUUGCAUAUCUAUCGCACACAAAAUGACUCAUAACAAUCUAUAUAUUGCUACAACUACAUUUUUCCUGUAUGUAACUAUACACCGUGGUUGGAUAAACCCAAAUAAUUUUAUAAAAAAAUUACAGAGAAACUUGCAACUAGAAUGGCGUAUAUUCACCACUCCUUUUAAUACUACUACAACAAGACAACCCACCUUCGUAUUCUGAUAUUCUAACCUGUCAAUUGUAUUUUAUACUAAAUUUGGGGGAUCAAGGUAUAUUACAUAUUUUAUAAACAAAAGCUAAGAUUCGACUUGAAAUGCGACGGCUCGGCUUCUCUUUAAAGAUAUUGAUCCUUGAGAAACCCUAUAGAGCCAUAUAUUUGUUCUCUUUAUAAAGAGACACAACCCCAUCUUUUUGUUUAAAGAGUACUGCAUAGCUAUAAAAUAAAGUAGAUUAAUCUCUAAAAUCACCAUGAUUAAUAGCUUAAGCAAUAUGAAGAACUACAACGAGAAACGUGUAAGAUGUUGUGAGUACAUCAAAGCUCUUGAAGAAGAACGCCGCAAGAUCAAUGUCUUCCAACGCGAGCUUCCUCUUUGCUUAGAGCUUGUCACUCAGGCGAUCGAGACAUAUAAAAAGGAGAUAUCAGAGGCGACAAUGGAGAACUUGUGCGGACAAUCGGAGUGCUCCGAGCAAACGACCGGAGAAUGUGGGGGCAUCCUGGAUCUAUUUAGACCUAUCAAACACUCUUCAACCUCCUUAGAAGGGGAAGAAGAAGAGGUUGAUGCUGAUGAUGAACAUGAAUCUAAUGAAACUGGCCUAGAUUGCGAUGACAAGAACAUGAAAUCUGAAUGGCUCAAGUCUGUUCAGCUCUGGAACCAACCUGACUCCGUUCUUUCUAAGAAAUUGGAACGCUCACAACAGGAGACAGAAACGGUGGUAGAAGCGAUAAACGGAAAUGACAACGGAACAACGUCUCAUCAGCCGCCAUGUUAUGAAACGAGCAACGGAAAAAGCGGCGACGAUAAAUCUCAGGCGAGUAUUAGCGGUCGGCAAAAGAUGGAGGCGGAAAAAGACAUCAGCGGUGGUAGCGGCGGGAUAGGGCGGAGAAAGCAUAGGCGGUGUUGGUCACAUGAGUUGCACAGACGCUUCUUGAACACUCUUAAACAGCUUGGUGGUCCUCAUGCUACUCCGAAACAGAUAAGAGAGCUAAUGAAGGUUGAUGGGUUAACAAAUGAUGAAGUUAAAAGUCAUUUGCAGAAAUACAGGCUGCAUACAAGACGACCUGGCCAAACAAUUCCUAACAAGAGAGAUUCUCAAACGCAACAUUUCGUAGUCGUCGGUGGGAUAUGGGUCCCUCAAGCUAGCCACUCCACGGCCAAUGCUGCCACAGCGGGUGAGACCACCAUCGGGAUUUAUGGUCCGUUGCAAGCAGAGUGGCCGAGCCAAUCAAAUUUUGGUCGGACUAUUUCGGAAGAAAGAUCACGAUGCUCUAACAAAGGAAUUAUUCGGUGUAGCUCUCCUGCAAUGUCUUCUUCUACUCGUUGAUGUUAAGAGUUUUCAAGGCUCCUAAGACAAAUGUUGUAGUAUAAAAGAUUGUCGAACCAGUUCUGAGGGAUAUCAAAGCACUGAGAAUGCAAGUACUCAA